CGAGCAGGCAGCUGUUAAACAUUUGAGGAGGAGAAGAAGAAGAUGGUGGAGUCAGAAACAGGACGUUGCGUCUACUCUGAAAACCUGCAGAUUGCUGAACAUGAAUAAACCUGUUUAGGUUCUGACACAACCUAAAUAACAGGCUGUCUGUCUGACCUCCAUAUCUGCUGAGAGCACAGACAGCUGGACUUGAAUUGGGUUCAUCAGGCUCACUGAAGUUCUUCCCUGCAUCCACUCAUCAUGGUGGACUACUACCAGGUUUUAGGAGUUCGGAGAGAUUCGUCUGCAGAGGACAUAAAGAAAGCCUACAGAAAGCUGGCGUUGAGGUGGCACCCUGAUAAAAACCCAGAGAACAAGGAGGAGGCUGAGAAGAAGUUUAAGGAGCUGUCAGAGGCAUAUGAAGUUCUGUCUGAUGCCAACAAGAGGAGCAUAUAUGAUCGCUAUGGCAAAGAGGGACUGACGGGGAACAAUGGAGGAAGAGGGGGCCAUUUCCACAAUGGAGAUCAUUUCCAUGAACCAUUCACAUUCCGCAACCCAGACGACGUCUUCAGGGAAUUCUUUGGAGGCAGUGACCCAUUUGCAGACUUUUUUGGUGCAGAUCCAUUUAGUGAUGAUCCAUUUUUUGGCAGUGGCCGGCGGCACCAAAGUCGGGCAAACCGCAGCCACCGGACAGGUGGCUCAUUUUUCGGGGGCUUUGUUGGUUUUCCUCCCUUUGGUGCUGGCUUCACACCUUUUGACCCAGGCUUUGGUUCUUUUGGCUCUAUGAGCACCAUGGGUCAUAUGGGUCACAUGGGUCACAUGACAACCAUGGGCAGUCUGGGAGGUGGAGGCUUCACUUCUUUUUCCUCCACUUCCUUUGGAGGAGGAGGAGGUGGAGGAGGAAUGGGCAACUUCCGCUCUGUGUCCACCUCCACCAAGAUCAUCAAUGGCAGGAAGAUCACUACUAAAAGAAUUGUGGAGAAUGGUCAGGAGCGGGUGGAGGUGGAGGAGGAUGGGCAGCUUCGGUCAUUAACCAUUAACGGUAAGGAGCAGCUGCUGCGACUGGAACACAAGUAAAGACAGAAGCAUCAUCUGCUGGAGAAGUGUUACCUCAGCACAAACAUACCAACAAACUUGAGCUCCAAACAGAAGGAGAAAAAAAGCAACAAAACAAUGUAAUAAUAGUGCUCUACUGUUGUUUGGAUGUAUAUACUUAGGUUGUGUUUAUUUCCCCUCAUGUCCUCUCCCUGCUGACUCUCAUUUGUUAACCAAUGAUUCAAAUCAGACGAUUUGGAUGCAGACUUUUCUAUGCAUUUUGUUAAUGUAUUUUUGAAUUGGAGCUGUCCUUAUAUUUUGGCUCAGGGUGGUGUUAUUGUUUCAGUGUUUGGGACCACAGUAUUGUUCUAAUGUAUAUGACCAGAACCCUCCCUUCCUCCCCUCCUUAUUCUUUCUGUAUGCGCUCCACUGUGUGUCGGUCUUUGUGCAGACAGCACCCACACUGUGUUCAGAAAACAAAGCAUGACUUUGCUUUUUCAUCUGAAUAGUGAAAAAAACAACAAAAGUGUUGAAUUUGAUUUUAAAAAGUGGGUAGGAAUAACUGAAGCAUCUUCCCCCUCUCUAUUUACUGCUUGUCUAACCUCUUCUUAGUAAUAAUUCUUUUUUAUUAAAAAAAAAUGCUGGUAGGAUGAGUUAUGCAAUUUUAUAUGUUCUAAUACCAAUGUGUUUUUUGUUUAUUUAAUUAUGCAUGUACACCUUAUGAUGUUGAGUCUUAAUGUUACAGCUGCAUUAUGAUGCACAAUUAAUGGAAGGCAUUCUAUAAAUGAUAUAUGGAUAUAGAAGGAAUUUUGUGUACUUUGUAAACCAAUAAAUCUGAGCUUCAUCCUGUUUUCAGGAUGCUAAAA